ACCCAGAAAAAUUGUGUCAAGCAAUUCAGUUGAAAAUUCCAGAUGACUUGAUUCCAUUUCUACUCUCUGAGGAUUCAUAUAUGCGAAAAAAAACCGCAAAAAUUUAUUCAACUAUUUCAAGACACGUCAAUGGACGACAGUUUAUACUUGAAAAUAAAAUUUUUUUAAAUAUUUUAAAACAAAAAAUAAAUGAUUCUGAUGCAUCUGUUAGAUAUUUUAACGCUUUAACAAUUCAAAAUAUAACUUUGGAUCUAUACACUGCAAAUUCUUUAGUUGAUUUAUCAGCAUUUGUAAACAUAAUCGUUCAACGUUUUACCGAUGAAAAUUCCGAGAUAUUGAUAAUUCUGCUUUCGAGUCUCGAGCAUCUCUUGUUGUUACGCAUCAAUGAAUCUCAAAAUGAAAGUGAUGGGACAAUGGAAGCACUCGUUGGACUUUUCAAUAGACUGAACGAUAAUAUGAACAUCGUUGGUCAUAUUCUUGCUUGUCUAGUUUCACUCUGUCAGAAUACUUCAGGAAUAGUCAAGGCAAUUGAAAUGAACCUCUUGACGACUUUCAAAAGUCUAUUGUAUGAUACUAACGAUAUGAUUUGUGGUGAAAUGACGACUUUGAUGGCAUUUAUGACAUUAUUGAAUGAUGGUAAAUAUCGUGCUAUUGAAUUUAUUGACAAACUUGUGGAAUUGGCUGGUAACUCAGCAAAUCAAAAGUGCCGUAUCAUGUCUAUCAAGACGUUGACAAACAUUGCUGAAGUACCAGAUUCAAGAGAGAUACUACUUGAAUUUCAUUCAAUGUUUAUUGAGGACAUUGAUACGUGUUGUGAUGAUUUUAUUGAGUACCACAAAAAGAAAUUACUUGAUGUAAUACGUUGGUCUCCAUGA